AUGCCGGCGGCGGUUGGGCUCCUUUGGCCGCCGCCGCUGCGGGCGCCACUGUCGCCGACGUCUUGGAAGCCGGGUUGGGCGUCGCCGUCGCGGUGGAUGUGGCGCCUGCCGCCCCCGCCCCCGCCGCGUCUCACACGAUCAGCUCCUCCGCGCGCGACAGGAACCACACCUGCAAACGAUGUUGCAAAGAAAAUGCACGUUACUGUAUCUGGUUUAAAUGGAUCCGGCGAACGAGAGUUCGAAGCCUGUCCCCAGCAGCGCCUUCCAACUGUUGGACAUAUUGCGAACCUCCAUAAAAUGGAGCGACUCUCCUCAGUCAUGAAAGAGCCAGAAGAGGCGCCGCCGGGCGCGGGGGCGGGGGCGGGCGAGCCGUCCCGCCCGAGCGACCCGCUGCUGGAGCCCAGCGCGCACGCCGUGCGGGCGCUAGACUCGCACUUCGACAAGGUGUUCGCGGCGCUAGGCCCGCGCCACGCAACCGCGCGCUACCUGCGGCGCCGCCUCGCCGCCGAGCUGCACCUGCACGUGGAGCAGCGCAGCCGCAUCGAGGGCUGCAGCCUGCAGGCCGCGUGCUCCCGCGCCGUGCUCGCCUCGCUGCGAAUGCACGAGCGCUUCUUGGACAACGCGUACCAGAGCAAGAAGCACUGCGUCAACUCCAAGUACCACAACCUGCUGUACGCGGUCGCCAAGCUCUGCUUCGACUGCCGCUUGCAGGACAGUGAGGUGGUGUGCUGCCUGCUCAAAGCCAUCUUCUGGUGCGAGAACUCCUUGGACAACCUGGUGGUGGGCGCUCUGCUGGGCAUCGUGUCCACGCACGUCUUCAACGCGUGGAAGAGCGACUUCGAGUCGCGCCAAGAGAACUUGCAGGCUCUGGACUACUUCCUGGAGCAAGCGGGCCGCGGGGGCCUGCGCUUCGACCCGGACGCCGUGGAGGACGAGGACGACGUGGACGAGACGGCCCCGGUUCUCCCGCCGGGGGCUGGGGCCGGGGCGGCGCCUGUGCCCGCGGGAGGCGUGACCGGAGGCGGGGCCGGGGGCGGGGCCGGGGGCCCACUGCGUCCGGCGGCGCUGGUGGCGACGGAGGCGCCGCAUGCGGGAGCGCCGCCCGUGCGCGUACCACGUGGCGCGGGGUGCGUGCGCGUGCUGCUGCGCGCCGUGCGCUGGGUGGAGGUGGUGGAGCUGUCGGCCGAGGCGGCGUCGGCGGCCGGGGCGCCGCCGCCGCGCCUGCCGCCGUGCCUGGACGGCGUGCCGGCCGACGUGAUGGUGUUCGCCAAGGGCUCCCCGGAGGAGGCGCUGGUGCCCGCCGGCCGGCGCCGCGGCGCGGCCCCGCCGCCGCCGCUCAAGCACCUGGCGCGCUGCGCCGUGCGCGCCGCCCUGCGCGAGGCCCGCGCGCUGCCCUUCGGCCUCGACGCCCUCGAGCUGCCCGCCGGCCUGCGCGCCUACGUCGACCUCCAGGAGGACUAG